UUCGGCAUGCCACUGUGAUAAAAUGCUCAGAAUAAUUAAAAUGGUUGUUGCUUGUUUGAUACAACAUCCGCAAAAUGCAAGAACUUAGUGAAAUUUGGUACCAUGGCUACCAUAGGCGAUCAGUGACAAGCUCAUUGAGCCUGUAUAAGACAGUAGUCGCUAUCGUGGUUCUCAUUUUGUGCGGAAUCCUUAUGGUUGUGGUUGGAGUGACAAAUAACAGCUCGCAUAUGAAAACAGGAGGUUAUACGAUGUGUUGUUUCGGAUUAAUAGCUGGACUCUGUUUUAUUGGUAUACGUUAUUUAAAAAAGACAGCAAGUAAUUUAGAGAAUACAACUGAAGGAAACGAAAGUCCAUUAACACGCAGUGUUGAACACAUUGAGUUGCUGCUUCGCGAGGGACAGAUGGGAAAUAGCGAGGCUCAGACCAGAGGCUUAUCGUCAUCAAGAAGGGAAUUAAACUUUCUUUUGACGAGAAUCUUUGGUUAUCCUCCUUCUUAUGAGGAGGUAACAACGAAUGAUACUUAUGACACCAGGACACAGGUUCAAUGUGACCCACCGCCAUGUUACACAGAUGAUGAAAUGUUAGCGGAUGUAAGUUCAUCGCCGCCAUCUUACGAAACCAUUGUCUCAAGAACAGUAACAAGUGAAGUGUGACAAAUCUCCCCGCCGAGCCCCCUCAGUUGAUGAAUCGUCCAAAAAAAAUUAUCCUUUCGUUGACUCUUCUGAGCUUCACGUAGGAAAAGGCGAGGCCGAGAGUGGAAGUCAUUGCAAAGCUAGUUGGUGCAAGAUUUAAAGUAAAACAUACAACGUUCAGCAACAUUACAAUGUGAAGUAACAACUCUAAUUCAGAGUUACAGUCAGCGGUGGAAAGAAUUGAAGUUUCUUUUUACUACGGCCGUAAUUACACUGUCGCACAAAACCCAAUAAUUCUGUAUUGAGGGUGCAACGUACCCUGCCUCUACUUUAGGAAAAGCCUUUUGUUAGUCUGAUCUCAACGACGUUCUUCCGGAGUAAUCUCGUACCCAGAUCCUACCGUGUAACCGGAAGGCCAUGGAAGGUCUGGGUACGAGCCUUCUUCCAGCGUGGAUUUACGAAACUACUCGAAUCUACGACGUUUCGACAGCAUGUUACUAGUCUUCUUCAGGUGAUCAGUGAGAUUGAAUGAUAAUGACGAUUCGUUUGGAAGCAUUUGCUCUGCCGUGAUUGGUUGAUUUUUCAGUUCAUUGCGAUUGUGCUUUAUAAUAAUGAGAAAGGAAACUACGCUGUUUAAAAUAGUUCGGUUCGUUUUAUACAAAAUCUCUUUUGCUUUAAAUUUCAAGUAACAGUUUUUCUCUUCCUUUGCCCCCUUUGUAUUCUUUUCGCAAUCACGCGCGGCGCGCGUGAUUUCACAAAUUAGCCAAUCACGUCAAAAAACUCUAAUCUUGACAUUGGAAAACUGACGUGGACAUUUUUCGCGUACUUUAAGUUUGUUUUCGCGGAGUUUUAGUUGUUUUUGAGCUUUCGUUCGUGUAAAUUUGUAACUCCGUUGUUUGGAAUUUUAAGAAGUUUCGGAGUUUUUAUUUCAGCUAAAUGUUGUGAUUCAUUCAGCAAGUUUAUUACAUAUUUUCUACGGAGUUUUGACUCAAGCCUCUUUUUUCGCAAAUGGAUUUUUUACUCGUUUCACGCGAGAUCUAUGCACGCAUGCCCUCCAGGCUCCAGGAAUAACGUCAUGAUAUUCUCACUAGUAUGAAAAAUACGCAACUCACGUCUCAGAUGUAGAUUUGUAUGAAUUUCUCGACUGCUGUGUAUUUUUCAGCGAGCCUCUUUUAUGAAUAAAAUUUUCGUGACGUAGGACGUUAGGUGAUGCACGAGAAUAUUUUUUUGUUUUAAUUUCGCUAUAUUUUCGUUUCCGUCGCUGUCACCGUCAAGAUCUGGCCUGUGGUGGGUUAACAACGUUUCGUUCCUGUGAGAUAACGUGUGAAAGAUGUGAUUAGCUGAGCGUUACGUUGACUAAAGCACGCGUAAACACGCAAGGUACCGUGUUUUACUAAAGCACGCGAGAACACGCAAGGUAUUGUGUUUGCAUAUCAGGGCCAAGAAUGUUUUGAUCAUAGUUAUUAUAUAU